AGUGUAACGUGUAUGUGUGUUGUUUGUUCCUUCUGUUGUCGAUCAAUCUUCCAUCGACAAAAUUUCCAGGCACCAGGAUUGUGGGAACAAUCCAGUUGUUUUGUAUGUUUGAAAAAAAGGGUUUACAUAUGGUGGAUUGAUUUAGUGUGGGGAAUUGUAUGAACAGCACACAGAAAAACUUGAUUUUUACGAUCUAUUGUUUUAAUUCUACUGGGGCAUCUCUACCUGGUGCGAUGGUACCCGUUUGUUGCUCAGUCAUGGUUACAUUUGUGAGAAUUUAAGUGCUGUAAUUCCGACUGUGACUAGUAGUGAGUAGUUGUCACUAGUUAAUAACCCGAUUACUGAAUACAGUGCCAAUUUAGCAAGCUGAUGGCAAGCCAUUGCAGGGUCAGCUAAAUAUUUGAUAGACAAAAGCAAGUUUUCUGAUAUUUGAUGGGCACCUUCUCUUGGUUUGUACCAUGAGUGGAAACAAAAUGACAAACCGUUUUAGACAGCUGGUGAGCAAGAAUAAACGGCGACACCAAGAAGAAGGCUUUGACUUGGAUCUGACAUAUAUUUGUCCAAACCUUAUUGCUAUGGGAUUUCCAGCAGAAAAGCUUGAAGGUGUCUACAGGAAUAAUAUAGAUGAUGUAGUGAAAUUUCUGGAUCAAAAGCAUCCAGGACACUACAAAAUCUAUAACCUGUGUUCGGAGAGAUAUUACGCUCCGAGAAAGUUCCACGAACGUGUUGCCUGCUAUCCGUUCGAAGAUCAUCACCCGCCACAGCUGGAGCUAUUGAAGCCCUUCUGUGAGGAUGUUGACAAAUGGCUCGCGGAGGAUGAGGCAAACGUAGCAGCUAUCCAUUGUAAAGCAGGAAAGGGACGCACCGGUGUAAUGAUCUGCGCAUACCUCCUUCAUCGGGGCAGGUUUCAUUGUGCGGAAGAAGCGUUGACCUAUUAUGGUGAAACACGGACCAUGGAUAAGAAGGGUGUGACCAUUCCCAGCCAACGAAGAUAUGUGCACUACUAUGAGAAUUUAAUGAGAAAGAGCACGGCUGAGUAUAAGUCUGUAGUGCUCAUGCUUACAUCAAUACACUUGGAGACUAUACCUAUCUACAAUGGAACGUGUAGUCCUCAGUUCACCAUCAGCAAUCAUAAGAGCAUGCUGUACAGUUCGAUGGUGUACGACACGGUGAGACGAAGCGAUAGACACCUCGACAUGCCACUAGAUGACCCUGUGAUGUUAUCCGGUGACAUUAAAGUGGAAUUUGUCAAUAAGCCGAAACUUAAGUCCAAGAACAAAAUGUUCCACUUCUGGUUCAAUACGUUUUUCGUGACGGAGAAAGCGGUGGAGCACAUGACAAAUGGCAUCUCAGAACCCUCGAAGAUCGGAGGCGGACUUAGCAACCAAAGCGGAUCCAACAAGUGCUUAUUUGCGAAGGCACGGCACCCUAGCGGAGAGAUGCUGGUGUUAACUAUGCACAAGAAGGACAUAGACAGAGCCAACAAAGACACAUCCCAUUAUGUGCCAGAGUUUAAAGUGAGACUAUUCUUCACGAAACCGGAGCCGGCGAAAGUGCAGCUCCUGCAUGUGCCGGAGCCGAUCGGCGCGCACUGCAUGGCGCAGGCAUCCGACAACGAAAAAGACGACGACCUGUCGGACCCGUCAGACAUCGACGAGUGGGAGGGCUGUCAGGUUUGAGAUCGGUGGCCAGCCGAAUCGUAGUUGUCAUCGUCGUCGUGUAGAGCCGUACGUGUCGUCAACGUGUGUGUUGGUCGCGCUCUCCGCGCUCACGCGCGCGCGCCGGGGACCGCUGCCAUGCAGUGUCAGCGAGCAGUCUUUGGUGUGACGGAGAGACGAUUGACUCUUACUGGACGAGAGCAGCCGUCGGACGGGUGGCACACUUUGAUGACCUGCCGACAGACGCGAGAGGUAGGGGAGCGGUCGUUACCGUCGCGACACUCGCAGCGGCCGCGGAGGAUGUCACCCGGAGCGGAGCAGCUGCCGACUGUCGAGACGCUUCUCCGAGCGAACAGUUGAACGUGUACAUUUGGGGGGGGGGCGAUCUGUUUCCGAGACGAUCACUGACGAUGGGUUGAGUCGCCGCGGGAGUACGUGGUGAUGCGUGUCGUCGCACUGCAAGUCUUCAUCGUAACCGUCUUCAUGUGUAAAUGCUGUAUUCGUGUCCGAUGGCAGCCGUUAAUACUCGCUGCCGGUAUCGACGUGCGUUGUUCGCAAAAUUUCGAUGUUUUUGAACUUUGUCCGGACCUUGACCCGGUGAAUCCGAGCGGCUCCGAGAUUGCCUGUGAUAGUAUACGUUAGAGACACAACAGCGCAAACGCCAACCUCAGUCACGUACGGGGCGAACGACAACGUUGUCGUGGACAACCGACCGUCACAGUAACACGAGUUCCCACGUUCUCGCUUAAGUCUCUUUGCUGCUAACAGUGAGUGCAGAGCGCAUACGUAAUGCCCCGUACACACGUGAGACGCUUUUUAUGCCCUAUGUUAGAGGCAUGCCCAUGCAUCCCAGGACAGGUGUACAACGCAAUGGUAUAAUAUAUGGCCUUCCAACUUGGUUUGGUAGAAUUUCCCGUGGAUUACGAAUGAUUUCCCCCGACCGUUGUAGAUGGUUGCUGGCCUACGUUAUUACGACUCAGGGUAUACGGGCUCCACAUGGCUGUAGCUGGUCUGAAUCAUGUCUGGAGGGUGUUAGAUUGUGUGACCUGUUGUUAUGCAGUGCGUCCUGCCUACGGAAAUCUUAAAGAUUUGUUUUUCCUCAUCCGAAAACAGGUGUCACAUUUUUAUCUUCAUUUUUUUUCUUUCCGGGAAAUACGCUGUUGUUGUGUUCACGCAUUUUUUAGUUGUGUUUUUAAUGUACAUGUAGAAGUGGCUAGCACCAAUCGAUUAACGACGGCUUCAUAUUCCAAAGGUGUUGUAAAGCCAAAGCAUGUUCAGAACUUGUAAGCAAAUGUAAGAGUACCUCAUUCUGAUAUAAUCUUUCUUACAUCAGAGCUUUGAAGCGUUGCAGCAUACACUGAUUAUGGAUAUGUGUGUGUGUUUGUGAGGGCGUGCGUGUGUGCGUGUAUAUGUGUAUGUGUACUAUUACCCCUGAAUGUGCCUGUAUCUAAUGAGGUGUAUAUAGGUCAUGACCGCUUCACCAUUUUCAUAUAAAGUGUGCUCAAAAUGUCCAGUUUUAAUAGAUUUGUUCUUCCCUAAUAAAGAUUGAUAUUGAAGGCGUUCCCCAAAGGCAUGUAUCAGUGGCACUGUGUCAGCUUGACUCCAUCUGGUGUUGCCAGAUCGAACCAACUCGAUUACGAUUCGACCACGAGAACGUUAAUCGAAUCCUAAAUUUCUGCUGGGGUUCUGUGCUUAUUUGAGGUGAAAACCAAAGACUGCUUGAGUGCUUCAGUGGAGGAUGUCGAUACGGGCUACUGCUAUGUAUGGGGCUGAGCAUUUUACAUCACUCUUCCAUGCGUAUCUUUUUCAAAAACCAAAGCAGCAUCUGGGGCUGCGACCAGGGGGUCUGGUGUAAGUGUUCCAGCUCACGAAUAUAUAUUUUUUAGGCGUAGGGGGUAGCCGUGUGCGAGAGCCGAGCAGUAAUCGAAGCUAUAAAUUUAGUUUUUGUGACGACGUUGUCUCCUGCUACACCCCUUCUGCUAUACUGAGUACAUCUAUGGACCCCACUCGGGCCACGUGUAGCCCCCUGGCGGCAGCCUUCGUAAUUUGACUGCAGGGUUUUCUUCCCACAGAGGUAUUUUUGUCUGUUUAAUACUAGUGCAAAGAGGUUAUUUUUAGACCAGGAAGGUAUUUGUAUCGACAACACCUUGUGCAUUUACCUUGUUGUUCCUGCAGGAACUAUUAAUUCAUAUUCUGUGCAUUACACGUGGUGUAUGUAAUGUUGCCAGUGUUGGGCCACAAUCCACCAUAUCAAUGGUUGCGAUGUGAUUUCAUUAUGGUUGCACCUUGGUUCAUGUCUCAGCUACAGCUAUCAUUCCCUGUACAAAAGUUUACCCUCCAGUUGUAUUGAUAACCUUGCUAAAAUUUGGUGUAAGUUUGCUUGAGUGACGUGUGCGUCAAGCCAGUCAUUUAUCUGCCGUUGACAUUUGCCAGGAGUGGUGAAAAGAGGCGGUUUGAAGUUUCUCAGUUUGCUAUUGCAGUAACCGAUGUUAGUUUACAUGUCUUUCACAUAUGUAAUCCAGGGUGUAUAGAGGUCAAAUAUCAUUUAUAUCGGAACUACAGAGAUCAUUUCGCUAGCAAUUCCUGUAACGGAUUACGGUCUUGAAUAUGCGCAUCUAAUUCACUUAUUUAACUAACGAGUAAUUGCCAAAUGCAUUGUCUCGUGUGUAUGCAUUACAUUACUGUUGUCAACAUGUGGAUUGAUAUCGGCUGAUUUAAGUCGAGUGUGAUGGUAAUAUGUACGCGAUUAUACACGACACACUGUAGUUGGUAUUCCUCUAUUGGCCAAAAAUGCCACGAAAAAAAUGCAUAUUGAGACAUCAAGGAUAGGUGUAUAGACACAUUGAUUUGGUGAGGCCUGUCGUUGUACUGGCUGUUUGUCGUAUGACUAUAUUAACACUAAUGAUGAUCUGAAAUUAUUUUCUGUACAUGUAUGUACAUAUGGAACAAAGUAAAUGCAGAUGUAAGUGAGCUUGUUGUUUGUGUCUGGUAGUGACGUAUAUACCGGUCACCCCACGGAUCCCAGCAAUUAUUGUAAAUAGAUAUUUUUUAAGUGAUCAGAAACGAGUUUUAAGUGUCCAGGUCUACAUCAGCUCAUUGUAUUAUCAGUAUCGGGAGCCCAAAGAUUUUGGUAUGCUCGAUGCAUUCGGUAUUGCAGCACGUAUAAUAGUAAAGAUGUAGAUUUGUAAUAUUGUAUACAGUACUUGUUGAAACUGGUGGUAUAGCGUUUAGGCAACUAGGAUGAGAUGCUUUGCAUGUAUUUCCUUUCUGGUCUGUUUGUUUAAGAGGUUGCAAUGUCCGGGCGAGCGUGUGUUGCUAGCAGGCUACGAGACCAGAGCGCAUAGUGCAUACAGUAUUGUUGGCUGGAUCCGUAGAGGCCGUCAGAAGUAGCCAGGCCUCUCGUUCUACGGUCUUCCUGAUCCUGGUAACGCACUCACAGCCAUGGCGCGGCAGCAAGUGCAUCUCUUAUACUUGAGCACGGCAUGCUGCCUCUUCCUCCUCUUUCUCCUCCUCCUCUUUCUCCUCCUCCUCUUUCUCCUCUACAUCUUCCACCUUCUCCACCUCUUCCUCCUCCUCCUCCUCCUCCUCCUCCCCCUCCUCCACCUUCUCUCCUCAUGCUUCAGCAGUGUCUUGCUCUGCUUUUUCGGAGUGGAUUUGCGUCUCGCAGUUCUUGUGUAAAAGACAUGUACAUGUGUAUUUGGUGUGAUCAUCUAAGACUACCCGACCACCUCUCUCUACACCAGCCUCUCACCACACCAGCCUAGCAUCUCUGCACAUCAACCUCCCCCACUAGGAGUCCCGUAGACAGUACAUACGUGCACGUCCGUGAUUAGAAAUUCUGUCAAUGCGUAGUGUCUGAGAUUUGCUGUCUAGCGUUUACUAGUGCAGGUGUCUUAAUGACUCGCGCAGCGGUCAACGCGUGUGUUGGGUUCACCUGGUUAGUCCGGCAGGGUGACCAGCUGCAGUUAUUGCAUAAUAGCGACUAGGUUGCUUCGGCUAGGUUGGUUGCGUUUGGUCAGCGAAUCGUGAAAGAAUCGUACAUUUCUAUGAGUUUCUAUCGAUCACUAGCACGAUUGCUUGAUCGAUUGCUAGCUUAGAUUGAUUGCAUCAAGAGCGUAUUAAGAAGGAAUAAAUAAUACGCUUAAUAACGCUUGCUAGCGUCUUCUUAAUACGAUCUUGAUUGCAUAGGUUGCUGCCGAGUUGCUGAGCGUGUGGCGUCUGCGCGCGUCGCAGGGUCGUUCUACGAGAGGAGCGGUGUUAUUGCAUCGUGCGAUAACUUAUUGCUGCGUCGUGAGUGGGUCGGAGGUGGGGCUUGUACGCGCUGCUGAUCGUGCUGCUGCUACUGGUACUGCUGCUGCUGCUGUUGUUGUUGUUGUUGUUGUUGCUGGUGCUGCUAC